UAUAUUUCCUCACUUCCCUGUCACAACCUGUGCAAAUAUCGAGUAAGACGCUGCAAUGGCCACCGUCACCUCCUCCGCCGUCGCCGUCCCAUCAUUCAGUGGUCUCAGGGCCAAUGCCGCCAAAGUUAACGGAGCCCAGAAGGUGAUGGCUUCCCCAUCCCCAAGGGUGAGCUCCGGCGUGAAGGCUUCCCUCAAGGAGGUCGGAGCAGCCGUUGUUGCCACCGCCGCAACCGCCAUGAUAGCCAGCAACGCCAUGGCUCUUGAGGUGUUACUGGGUGGUGACGACGGAUCUCUGGCUUUCAUUCCCAAAGAUUUCUCAGUGAGCUCCGGCGAGAAGAUCGUGUUCAAGAACAAUGCUGGUUUCCCCCACAACGUGGUGUUCGACGAGGACGAGAUUCCCGGAGGAGUGGAUGCUGCAAAGAUCUCCAUGUCUGAAGAAGAUCUUCUGAACGGCCCCGGAGAGACCUACAGCGUCACCUUGACAGAGAAGGGAACCUACACUUUCUACUGUUCGCCUCACCAGGGAGCUGGUAUGGUGGGCAAAGUCACUGUUAAUUAAUUAGAAUGAAACCUUCUUUUCUAUGAUUUUGUAUGUUCGUUUUGUAACAGUGGUGUAUGAGAUGAACCAUCAAUAUAUAUCAAUUGCACUCUUGUAAUUCGUUUGCU